GGCCUUCGUGCCACUAUGGUUAUUGGCCUUCUUGCCGUUGUGGUUAUCGGCCUUCGCGCCAUUGUUUUUUGCAGGUUUUGGAACCUCCCCGGCGUCAUGUUUGAACCCAGGAAUGUGUUCUUGACGCUGAUAAUACCUGGACACCCGGGCAACAAUAUGGGUGUGUUCAUGCAGCCAGUGUGGGAUGAAUUGCAACAUGCUUGGGACGAGGGGGUGCUGACGUACGACCGAGCUACAAAGAGGAACUUCACAAUGCAUGUGUGGUACCAGUAUUCAUUGCAUGACUUCUUGGCGUAUGGCUUGUUCAGCGCGUGGUGUGUUCACGGGAAGUUCCCUUGCCCAACAUGCAAGACAGAUGUGAUGUUCACCUGGCUGAAAAAGGGUGGCAAGUACUCUUCUUUCGACAAACAUCGGCAAUUCCUACCCGAGGGCCAUGAAUUGAGACGGGAUAAAAAGCAUUUCACGAAAGGUGUUCAAGUCACCGACCCCAUUCCUGAGCCUAGGAGCCCUGCCGCUGUCCUUGCCGAGUUACAGGCUCUCCAAAUUGAUGAAGUGAACGGUGGUUUUAUUGGAUAUGGUACCACACACAUGUGGACUCAUAUAUCGGGCUUGCAUAGGCUACCGUACUUCAAGGACCUUCUUCUUCCACACAACAUCGAUGUAAUGCACACAGAAAAGAAUGUCGCCGAGGCACUCUGGGCAACACUCAUGGACCUUGGUAAGAAGUCGAAGGACAACGUUAAGGCUAGACUCGACAUUGAAACUAUUUGUGAUAGACCAAAGCUUGUGAUGAAGACCCCUGCGCCAGGCAAGAGAUGGAAAAGGGGCCCGGCCGAUUACGUCCUGAAAAGGCCAGUUAGGAAGGAAAUACUGAAGUGGAUGAGCACGUUGCAGUUCCCUGAUGGGUAUGCGGCGAAUCUGGCCCGAGGAGUGAACUUGGAGACUAUGAAAGUGUUAGGGAUGAAGACUCACGACUUCCACAUAUGGAUUCAGCGGGUCCUUCCCGCGAUGACCCGAGGAUACCUCCCGGAGCCAGUGUGGCGCGUCCUGGCAGAGUUGAGCUUUUUCUUCCGUCAGCUUUGUGCCAAGCAGUUAUCUCGAGAAGUUUGUCUUGAACUGGAGAAGGGUGCACCUAAGUUGCUCUGCAAGUUGGAGAUGAUAUUUCCACCCGGCUUCUUCCUAUCGAUGCAGCAUCUGAUUUUGCACCUGCCAAGGGAGGCACGGUUGGGGGGGCCCGUGCAGCACCGUUGGUGCUAUCCAAUCGAGAGGUGUCUAAAGCUACUUCGGAAGAAGUGUAAAAAUAAAGCCAAAAUUGAGGCUUUUGUGGCAGAGGCAUUCAUUAUGGAGGAGGUGUCGACAUUCACACAGGCGUACUAUACCGAAAAACUUCAAAGACCGCAAGAUCCAACCCCUCGUUACAACGUCGAGGAGAACUCAUCGAACCUCAGCCUUUUCAAAGGGGAUGUCGGAAGAGGAAGCACAGCUACCAACAAGAACUUGACCCAUGAGGAGUGGACCACUUUCAUGAUGUACUUGUUGUUGAACCUUGAUGAGUGCCUGGUUUAUCAGAAGGAAUUCAUUAAUAUUUACUGGAGGGGCAAUACUGCUCCUACCUCGCAACAAGAGGACCGUCUUCUUAGACACAGCAAGGCUGGCCAGGGUACCCGACCUACCCCACGCAGCCGUUCACGUGGGGGCCUCCUCCUCCACAGUCGCAGGGCUACUCCUCGUGGCCGAGGGCGCAGACGCAGCAGGGGCCUAGCGCAGGACUAUGGCGCUACGACGCCGCGCCGUCAGGGUGGACUCAGGCACCACCACAGGCAGGGUGGGGUUCGUGGGGCGAUGGGACCCCUGGGGACGGCGCCACGAGCUAGGAGGACCUGUGGGGGGUACUCGGUGACGAGCAAAGUACCUUUGCCUCCAUCUUCUCGACUAGGACGCAUGUUAGACCCUUUUGCCCUCAUGUUGGACUUGUAGGACUUGUUGGACAUGUAUGCACUUGUUACGCGACGUUAUGUGUAUUUCGGACAUGUAUCGAUGGAUUUGAUGAUCAUGUGUGGAUUCAUGUUGAGAUCGAA